AUGUCGUGUCCAACUCUGAUCAUGGAUGUUCAGAAGGAAGACUAUGAUCUUGCCAAAUACAUCUAUAACGAUCGUAAAUAUGAUCCCAAAGCAUUCAUCUUUAAGUUUGUGGUCUGUCUAGUGGUCUACCUCACUUACGUCAAACAUCAUUAUGAUGACUCAAAGCCCCCAGUAUCCUACCAGUUGCCCCAGUAUAGGAUAAAAAUUAUGUUUGAUGCUGGAAGCACUGGAACCGGGAUUCACAUCUUCAAAUUUCAGAUGGAGCUAAAUGAAGCUCCCAAAUUAUCCCUUGGGACAUUUAGAGUAAUAAAACCUGGACUAUCUGCAUAUGCUGAUGACCCAGAAAAGAGUAAAGAAUGACUAAUGGAACUGACAAUGAAGAUUGCUAAAGACACGGUCCCUAAUGUGCUAUGGAGUUCCACCCUUCUGGUGCUCAGAGCCACAGCAGGUCCCAGACUGCUGCCUGGUGAGAAGGCCACCAUCCUGCUGGACAAGGUUUUGGAGGUUUUUAAUGAAUCUCUGUUCCUCUAUAGACCAGACAGCAUGUCAAUCAUGAAUGGCACAGAUGAAGGUAUUGACAGUCCUUUGCAUACUAUACAUUUCUUUCUUUCUUGUCUUCAUGUUUCUGAGACUCCUACAGUAGGCUUGUUGGAUUUAGGAGGGGGAUCGACUCAGAUCACAGAAUGAAGUGAGACACAGAAAACCAUCCAGACUUCACCCAUUGAUUAUGUGACAUCCUUUCAGAUGUUCAACACCAGCCACAUCCUCUACUCACAUCUCUGCCUUGGCCUGGGUUUGAUGUCAGCAAGACUUGCAGUGUUGGGAGGGAUUGAAGGACAGCCUUUAGAGGGAUCCCACGAGCUGGUUAGUCCACGUCUAGCCCCAGACUAUUCUGGACAGUGGAAGUAUGCCGAGGUACUCUACACAGUUAAGGGGCAGAAAGCAGGAGAGACCAUCAAUGAGUCAUGCUUGAUAAAAGUGGAAAAGAUGAUUUGCAAAUGGGUGAGAAAAGCAGAGGACGUGAAAGACAUUGACUUAUAUGCGUUCUCCUAUUACUAUGACAGGGCCGUGGAUCUGGGACUCAUUGUCGGAGAGAUUAAAGAGAACUUUGGCUUACCAAUUGACAAAGAUCAGAAGGUGAGCUACUAUGUUAUUUAUGGUUCCUGA